AUGGCUUCCGAUAAGACAGCUGUUGCUUCUGGUGCGGAUCACACUCAAACAACCCGUCGACGCAAUGUACCAUCAUCCAAUGGAAGUCUUGUAAACACGGUGGAGAUAGAUGACAAGAAGACACAAGUCAAGAAGGGAAAGCAAUCCAUAGUUGGAUUCCUUGACGAGUGGGAGUUCUUAAUCGCACCAUUGAUUUUUACAAUAUUCGCAUUCUUCACCAGAUUAUACAAAAUCGGCCUUUCACCCAUUGUUACUUGGGAUGAAGCUCAUUUUGGAAAAUUUGGGUCCCAUUACAUCAAAAGAGAAUUCUACUUCGAUGUCCACCCUCCUCUUGGGAAAAUGCUGGUUGGUCUUUCCGGUUAUCUUGCAGGUUACAAUGGCACUUUCGAAUUCAAAUCUGGGGAACAAUAUCCUGAGGAUGUGAACUACACUUUCAUGCGUGCCUUCAACGCCUUCUUCGGUGCCGUUACUAUUCCAUUGGCUUACUAUACUGCUCGCGAAUUGAACUUCAAGAGACCAGCUGUAUGGUUCGUUACAUUGAUGGUUUUGUGCGAAAACUCCUACACCACAAUCAGUCGCUUUAUUCUCUUGGAUUCCAUGCUCCUAUGCUUCACAUUCACCACCGUUCUCUGCUGGGCUAAAUUCCACAAUCUACAAAAGCAAAGUUGGACUCCCGAAUGGUUCGUUUGGCUCUUGUUGACUGGUGUAAGCAUUGGCUGUGUUUGCAGUGUGAAGAUGGUGGGCCUUUUCUGCACAACCAUGGUUGGUAUCUACACGAUUGAAGAUUUAUGGAACAAAUUUGGCAAUAUUAGAAUGCAAAAGGUCGAGCUCGCAUCGCAUGUCGCUAUCAGAGUAAUUUGCUUGAUUGUUAUCCCUAUUGGAGUUUACAUUGCCUCUUUUGCUGCCCACUUCGCCAUUCUUCAAAACAGUGGACCCGGUGAUGCUCAAAUGAGUUCCCUGUUCCAAGCCAAUUUGAGAGGAACUGAAGUUGGAAAGGAUAGUCCACUUGAAAUCGCAUAUGGUUCUCGAGCAACGAUUAAGAAUAUGGGAUACGGCGGUGGUCUUCUUCACUCCCACGUUCAGACUUACCCUGAAGGAUCCAACCAACAACAAAUUACUUGCUACCAUCAUAAAGAUGCUAACAACGAGUGGUGGUUCUAUCCUAAUCGUUCUCAACCAGAAUUCGACCCAGAGGCACCUCUCAGAUAUGUUGCUGAUGGCGAUGUUCUACGUUUCGUUCAUUCACAAACUGGUCGCAACCUCCACUCACACGACGUGUCAGCGCCUAUUACCAAGGCUGACAAGGAAGUCUCAUGUUAUGGAAAUACCACUGUUGGUGAUGACAAAGAUCACUGGACCAUGGAAGUUGUCAAGGAUGUUUCCUCAAAUGAUCGAAGUAAAAUUAGAACCUUGACUACUGCUUUCCGACUCAAGCACACAAGUUUAGGUUGCUACUUACGAGCUGGUAACGUUAACUUGCCACAAUGGGAUGUUUACACUCACUGGAACGUAGAAGCCCACUGGAACGAUAAGUUACCUGCUGCUGAUGCUGGAGCUUACAAGUCUCCUUUCAUUCACGACUUUAUUCAUUUGAAUGUUGCUAUGAUGACUUCGAAUAACGCACUUGUGCCAGACCCUGACAAGCAGGAUGAUCUCGCUUCUUACUUUUGGCAAUGGCCAAUUCUCAACGUAGGAUUGAGAAUGUGCCUCCUCGGCCUACUCGUUCUUUGGUAUCUCAUUAGAUGGCAACGCGGGUAUGAUGAGCUUAAACAAUCCGAGAUUGAUCAAAUUCACUAUGCUGGACUGUAUCCAGUUCUUGGAUGGUUCCUACAUUAUAUGCCAUUUGUCGCCAUGGCUCGUGUCACUUACGUUCAUCACUACUAUCCAGCGCUUUACUUCGCUAUUUUGGUAUUUGGUUUCUGUGCGGAUUGGAUGUUGAGAAAUCAAGUUAAGACCUUGCAAUAUGCUAUCUAUGGUGUUUUGUACGCCUUGACGAUCGCACUUUACAUUUUCUUCAUGCCUAUUUCAUGGGGUAUGGUAGGACCUAAUAGGGAAUACUCUAGGUUGAAGUGGUUUGAUAGCUGGAGGGUUACAGAUUAG